AUGAUGGACAUCUUACAUAGUGUGACCUGGCGUUUAAGAACACCUGCUCCAAUCUGGUCUGGAUUCAUGCAAAUGGUGAGCAAGGGAAAUCAUCCAGGACAAUCGUCAAUUGUGUUCCUUCGUAUGAUAGAUAUGGAUCCUACAAACAUGUCAUGCGUCUAUUCAACCAUAUACUUUGUCACUUCAGAGGCUUUAUGUUAUGGGACAACUCCAGUCCUGACCUUCGACCAGCCCCUUUAUUGGAAAGCAAUGGAGAUAGUUUGCAACGAACAUACUGGAAGUGAUAUAGCUGAUGUAGUUCUGCGUCUGGGAGGUUUUCACACACAAAUGAGCUUUCUGGGAAGCAUAGGUCGUAUCAUGAGUGGGACAGGGCUACGAGAUGUGUUCGAAACUAUAUUUGCUCUGAAUGCCAUAUGUCAUAUGCUCAGCGGGAAAGCAGUAGCCAGGGCUGUGAGGGGAAUUAUGCUGGUGGAUUUGGCUUUACAUUCUCUUGUGGAACAGAUGUUCCAGUGUGAAUUCAGCGAAGAGUUCACAGAAUAUCCAGAACCCUUGCAAAAUGUUCUUGCCUUUAUGAUAAGUUGA